CUUGUCUCCUCCCAUCAUCUUCCCCCUCCUGGUUAUGCCUCGCCCGUCAUGUCGCUGAUUCUUCCCCAUUCCCUGUUUUCAUAGCUCUGCCAACAGGAUGCCUCUUGUCGACCUGCCUCGUCGUCGUGAGCCACUGCCCAGGAUGUGUGCGCCACAACGGCACUCUUCGAAUUCUACUUUCUUUGUCAGCCGAGAGUCCUCCACCAUCCACUGGCAACUCGUCAGCCGCCAGGUCGAAUAAUUCAAGACGCGUCGCCGAUGCUAUCUUCGCUGGUUACUGCUUGUCUUCUUGUUCCUGUCUCUGUCUAUCAUGUUCGCCAGCGCCACAUGGCUUCUACUUCGUGGUGUAUGACCGCGGAAAGCCUACGCUGUUCUACGAGUGGAAACGUCAACAUCGUCGGUUUUUUGAACGAAGAAAGUACAGGUUGUCAAGCGCUGCAACGAAGCUACCUCAUGUCGCAAGGCGCGCUCGGUGGUAAACGACUCGACCCUGUCACACGCUGGUCUUGCUCGUCGCUGGUUGUCUCACAGGUCAAGCACCGCAAAUUUUGCUGCCUCAACGUUGUUGGUCGUUGCCAAUCAUCGCAAGUCGGGUUGUCUCAAGCGGCGCGGGCUCAAACGCAAGGGUCAAGCGCUGCAAGCGUAGCUGCGUCAACGUCAAGCACCUCCAGGGCCAGGUGUCGCAAGCAAUCAUUGUCUCGGCUCCGGAGUCAAGUGCCCCAACGGGCCCGUGCCCCAAGGAGGCCGCCAUCAAGUAUAGCUGCUUCAAGCGUGGCUGUCGUCAAGCGCUCCAAGUCCAGCUGCAUCACUUCAAUCUCGAGGGUCAACCGCCACAAGCUAGGGCUGUUUCAACGUGGAUGUUCUCAAGUACCACAAAUCGCGGUGGACGAGGACACAACAACCAAGUGCCACAAGCGGAGAUUUGCUGGUUGUUGAGGGCGGCCGUCCGUCGUCAAACAUCGCAAGUUGAGCUGCACUUAUGCCGAGCUCUGCAAGGGUCAAGCGCCCCAAACGGGCUUUCUUCAAGCGCUGCAAAUCAAGCACCGAAAGCAUGGGCUGCGUCAAGAUGACGCACUCAAGCUCUCGACAGUCAAGCGCCGCAAGGUUAGACUGUCUCAAGGGGGACACUGUCGAGCGCCGGAAGCGAAGCUGCAUCAAAAGAGCCUUCAAGAGGCCCCCGGGGGCGGGCGGAUGCUUGCGCAAUGCAGUGUCCGUCCGGGCGCGGACCUUUACGUGGUCCUCGGGAUAAGUACCCUCGUGUCGCUCAACGCGAGCGCGA